AUGGCACUCAACAAAGUGUUCUGUUCAUUCUGGCUCUUUGGAUUGCUAAAUAAUGUUCUUUAUGUGGUGAUUCUUUCAGCUGCUGUGGAUCUUGUAGGUCCUUUGGUGCCUAAAGCUACUGUUCUUUUAGCAGACAUUCUACCAGCGUUUUUAAUCAAGGUAUCAGCUCCAUUCUUUAUCCAUUUUAUUGCAUAUCCUCAUAGAAUUGCAUCAUUGAUAGUUCUGAGUGUUUCUGGAAUGCUUUUGGUGACAUUUGGUACGCUUCAAUUCAAAAUAUUUGGCAUAAUCAUGGCUUCAUUAAGUUCGGGAUUGGGAGAGAUAACAUUUCUACAAUUGACCCAUUUCUAUGAAGAAAAUGGUCUUAACGGUUGGAGCUCAGGAACUGGUGGUGCUGGCUUGAUUGGUAGUGGAUUUUAUUUGUUGUUAACUACAAUUUUGGGAAUUAGGGUUCAGUCUUCAUUACUCUUGUUUAGUAUCUUCCCGUUAGGGUUUUUAUACUAUUUCAGAUUACCACCAGUUCAUACUUAUGAAACAAUUCACGAACGAAACAUCACAGAUUUGGAGAAUCAACCAAACAAAUUUAAUCUGGCCACCCAUGUAUCUGAAACUAUUGCUAGGUUGAAAAAGCUCAUUGUCCCAUUCAUGAUUCCUUUAUCAACAGUUUACUUGUCAGAAUAUUUGAUUAAUCAAUCAGUCUCACCAACGUUGCUAUUUCCAUUAGAGGAAUUACCAUUCAGCAAGUUUAGAGAUGUUUAUGUUGCUUAUGGAACUUUGUAUCAAUUAGGUGUUUUCAUUUCAAGAUCUUCAGCAUCAAUAGUCAGAAUAAGAUAUCUGUUCAUCCCAUCAAUCCUACAAUCAUUCAACUUGAUAUUGUUGAUCUUGCAAUCCCUUUAUUAUUUCAUUCCUAAUGUCUAUAUAAUAAUGUUGCUGGUGUUUUAUGAAGGAUUAUUAGGAGGUGCAGCUUAUGUCAAUACCUUUAUGCUAAUAAUCGACACCAUUCCAGAAAUUGACCGAGAGUUUUCACUUGGAGCAACGUCAAUGAGUGAUUCUGGAGGUAUAGUGGUAUCUGCAUUGAUUGGGCUUUGGUUAGAACCAAGCCUUUGUAAUUAUCAAGUAGAUCACGGAAGAGACUGGUGCAAGCUUGAAUGA